AUGGCAAAUGGUAUGAUGCAGAUGGGCGGCGCUGGCUCCCCCAUGAUGCAAGGCAUGAAUCCCCCCCCCUUCAACGAGAAUAUGCCCAUGGAGUUGUAUAAUCAGAGGAUGAGUCAAGGGCAAAUGCAAGGAACGCCAGGAGGUGGGCAGAGUGGGAACCAUGCUCUCCAAGACUACCAGAUGCAACUGAUGUUGCUAGAACAACAAAACAAGAAGAGGCUGAUGAUGGCACGACAAGAACAAGACAAUGCCGUCAACCGAGAUGGCGCUCCUAUGGUUGGCAUGCAAGCCGGUGGUAUGUCACCCUCUGGUAGCCGAACAGGUACCUCUCCGAACCCUGGCGACCAGAUGAAACGAGGUACUCCACAACUGGGAGGCUUGCCACCCUCCCCUUCCGCCGGAGAUGCAAUGGCAGGUAGAUCACCAGCCGGUAUGAACUUCAUGAACGGAAUGCCCGGAGGUGACUUUAACCCUGCCAUGUACUUGAAAGAUAACCAGGGCAUGGUCGGACCUGGCGGACCUAACAUAAGACCACCGACCUCCAUGGAUAUGCAACAAGCCAUGGCGCGUCAACAACAGCAGGCCCGACUGUCAGGACAAUUCCAGGGAGGCCAACCCAUGGUCCAGCAGCCUUCUCAGGGCCAACCCGCUCCUAUGGGUACUCCGGGACAGCGAAACGAGAUGCCACCCCCUCAAGCCCCCGCUGCGAACAGUUCCCAGCGCAAUCAGCCAGGAUCUCCCCAAAGCAGCAAUGCGCCACCUACGCCAUCCACGACCAACAAGCCGAACCCCAAGUCGAAGAAAGCCAAGGAUGACAGCAACAAGAAGAAACCGGCAAAGAAAAACUCGACGGCGAAUGCUGCAAGCUCGGAGAAUGAGCCUCCUGCCACUCCGACGCCAUCGACACCCAUCACGCCAGUGCAUCCUCAAGGCUUCGGAGGACAGGCGAACAAAUCUGGUGGUGGUGGUGGCAUGGCCAAUGCCAACCAACCCCCGGCAACAUCUCACCCCAUGCCCCCUGCUCAAGCGCCGAUGCAUCAGCCCGAUCUUCAGCCCAGCUUUACCGACAACUUUGGUCCAGAUCAAAAUUUCAAUCUCGACUUUAGCACCUUGGAGAACACCGAUGUUCUUGAAAACUUUGAUUUUGACAGCUUCCUGAACACCACAAACGAUGACACGUUCAACUUUGAUGGUGCCAUUGGCGUGGGUGGUGAUUUCGGUCUAGAGCCUGGAGAAUAG